CCGACUUCCGGUGUUCCUCCCGACGUUCCCCGAGAAUCCUGGUCGCCUGAAGGCCCUCAAGCUGCGAGGCUCUCGUCAGGAUGGUCUGGUCCCUGCUCUGUGUUACUGCCUGGGUCGCCUGUGUGGCUGGGACUGGUGCUUCCCCUACAUCUGUGAACGGAGCUCAGGGAGGCUCGGUCUCCUUACCUGCUGAGAUCCCGGCUGGACCAGACAUUGCUGAGGUUGUGUGGAGACUGUUAUCACCCAGAAAGAAGCUAGUGACAUAUUCAGACAAGAACAUUGACUAUUACGGACCUGAGGAAUACAAGCAAAGGAUAACUUUUCAUCCCGGGGACUUCAGCCUGGAAAUCCGUGAUCUACAGAAACAGGAUGCUGGUGAUUAUGAGCUGACCGUUACAGCACGUUCAGGAGCACAGACUCAGAGAGUAAAGCGACUGCAGGUUGAUGACCCAGUGGGGACUGUGAAAGGAGCUUUGGGACAGAGGGUCUCCUUACCUGCUGGGAUCACAUCCGGGCUGGACAUUUCUCAUUUGGUGUGGAGAUCAGUUGGAACCAGAAUAACAGAAUAUGCAAAUAGCACCAUUUUCUACUUUGGUCCUGAGGAGUACAAGCGACGGAUAACUCUUCAUCCCGGGAACUUCAGUCUGGAAAUCAGUGAUCUACGGAGAGAGGACGCUAAAGAUUAUGAGGUGACUGUUACAGCAAGUUCAGGAGCACAGACUCAGAAGGGAAUGCGACUGGAGGUGUUCGACUGGGCGAGGACUGUGAAAGGAACUCGGGGAAUGAAGGUCUUCUUACCUGUUGGGAUCACACCUUGGCAGGGUGUUUCUCAGGUGGUAUGGAGAUCAAACGAAAGCAGAAUAGCAGAGAGUGUAAGUGGCAGCAUUUUCUACUUCGGUCCUGAGGAGUACAAGCGACGGAUAACUCUUCAUCCCGGGAACUUCAGCCUGGAAAUCCGUGAUCUGCGGAGAGAGGAUGCCGGUGAUUAUGAGGUGUAUAUUGCUGUAGGUUCUGGAGCUGAAUCUAAGGUGACAGUGCGACUGGAGGUGGACGAUCCCGAUGACAAACCAUCACACACUGUUUUGAUCAUUGCCGUCGUCGUGAUACUCAUUCUGAUCCUUCUGUGUUGCGGUGUACUCUACAGAAAGCGGGAUGAUCUUCGCUCACACUGGGACAAAUGUAUGGGAAAGAAAUCUGGUACACCUGACGAGCCGGCAAUGACACAAUCUUUGAACAGUCGAUCUGGUGGAGAACACAGCUCAUAGACACUCACUCCGUCGGGACAGUGUGUGUUUGAUACUGGGGAACGGUGCCCACCCAUGGCACAGACUGAGAGCAUCGGAGCAUCCCACUCGCACCACUGUCCCUGUUCCACAAUCCCGGUGAGGGGGGAGCCCUUUAAACACCAAGGGUUCUGCAGUGACCUAUGGUGAUCCCACCCCUGGAUCUGGUCAGUCUCCCAGACUGAGGUUUAUAACUGAACCUGUGCUGUGCUCUGUGUUACUGACGGGAUCUCCAGUGAUCUUCCUACAGCCUUUCCUGGGAUAUCCACCCAGUUCUCAUGCCCCAUUUAACUGCUAACAUCCUGGAGGAAAUUUCUGAAAUUGAAAUCAACCAAAGAGCCCAUGGGAAAUCCAGAGAGACCCACACCCCAGGGCUGGGGAAGGGUCACAUUUUGCAAAUAAUUUAUUGAUGAUAUUUUAUGUUCUCGGUCAAAAUAAACCAGUUAAGGUUUCACCAGAGAAAUCACAGUCUGAGAGCCUAUUGAUGGGUGUUUCAGGCAGUGGGCACAUACUACCUGUACAUACAUACAUAUAUACAUACUACCUGUAUGUAUAAUUAUAUUUUCAUUUAUAUUUUAUCAUUAUUAUUGUUAUGAGCAGAGAGACAACAUCUGCUGGAAGUAAAUUCCUUGUAUGUGCACAGGUACUUGGCGAUUAAACUCUGAUUCUGAUUCUAAUUACUCAGCUGUGCACUGUCAAACAUCGAGUGUCUCAGGCAGCGUCUGUGGAGAGAGACAAAGAGUUAAUGUUUCAGGUUCCACACCCUUCGUCUACAUCUCUCUCUGCUCUAAAUAUGUAAAUGUACAAUAACAUUAAAGAACCAUUAAUCAUAAA